CCUAGAAUCAGCCGACUUUUACGGUCGAGCACUUCUAUGUGCAAGAGAUGCAAGCAAGAAAUACUUUCACGGAUGUUAUACACUAAAACGUGUACUAAUGUGGACAUAGAAUGUAAUGUAAAACCUUAUUAUGAAAUACCAGGACCAAAAUCAGUUCCAAUAUUAGGUAAUACUUGGAGAAUGCUGCCACUGAUUGGGCAAUAUGAAAUUUCGAAUACAGCAAAAAUAAGCAGAAUAUUUUAUGAAAAAUACGGAAAGAUCGUUCGUUUGAGUAAUUUGAUAGGUCGACCGGAUUUACUUUUUGUUUAUGAUGCUGAUGAAAUCGAAAAGAUUUAUCGUCAAGAAGAACCGACACCUUUUAGACCUUCAAUGCCUUGUUUGGUUCAUUACAAAAGUGUUAUUCGUAAGGAUUUCUUUGAAGAUAUUGGUGGUGUUGUUGGAGUGCAUGGUGAAUCAUGGAAAAAAUUUCGCACACGCGUUCAGAAACCGGUUCUACAGCCACAAAUCGUAAGAAAGUACAUAACACCGAUUGAAAUUGUCACAAGUGAUUUCAUAAAGAGGAUAGAAGAUAUUCAACAAAAAAAUGGAGAAUUACCGGGAGAUUUUGAUAACGAAAUACACAAAUGGGCAUUGGAGUGUAUUGGACUCGUCGCCUUGGACGUACGAUUGGGAUGUUUAGGUGGAUCCCUUAUACCAGAUUCUGAACCACAAAAGAUUAUCGAUGCCGCUAAAUUUGCUUUGAGAAACGUAGCUGUCCUUGAGCUGAAAGCUCCUUUCUGGAGAUAUAUACCAACUCCUCUUUGGACUCGAUACGUUCGUAACAUGAAUUACUUUAUUGAAAUAUGUAUGAAAUACAUUGAUGCUGCGACUGAAAGACUUAAAAACAAAAAGUCUACUAACGAAGAAGAUCAUUCUUUGGUAGAAAGAAUUUUAGCAACCGAAACUAAUCCUAAAGUAGCAUAUAUUCUCGCUUUGGAUUUAAUUUUAGUCGGAAUUGAUACGAUAUCAAUGGCAGUAUGUUCAAUACUGUAUCAACUCGCGACAAGACAUGAAGAACAAGAGAAAGUUUACCAAGAAUUACUUAAAAUUCUACCUGAUCCAAAUACUCCUCUCACUACAUCACAUCUCGAUCAAGCAGUCUACACAAAGGCUUUCAUUCGAGAAGUUUUCAGGAUGUAUUCUACUGUUAUUGGCAAUGGUAGAACAUUACAAAAUGAUACCACAAUAUGUGGUUACAAAGUACCGAAAGGAGUUCAAGUUGUAUUUCCUACAGUCGUAACUGGAAAUAUGAAAGAAUAUGUAAAUGAUGCAGACAUAUUUAAACCAUCGAGAUGGCUUAAAGCUACUCCCGAUCAAAAGCUUCAUCCGUUUGCAUCACUACCGUACGGAUACGGUGCACGCAUGUGCCUUGGUAGAAGAUUCGCUGACCUUGAAAUGCAAAUUCUCCUUGCAAAACUUAUACGAUCAUACAAGUUGGAAUAUCAUCAUCAACCAUUGAAAUAUAAAGUUACAUUCAUGUAUGCACCAGACGGAGAACUCAGAUUUAAAUGCAUUAAAAGAUAA